AUUAUCAGAAUAUAAGGACCAACAGAUCAAAGUCGAAUGAUAAGAUUGCUGUAUAUAGGCUACCAACUCUGAACGCGUUUACAUACAAAUUCUCUUCAAGUAUAUUUCAUAUCAUAUAAUUUCAAUUUGAUACCUUGAAAUUCCAAGUCUAUACUUUAUUUCGACCAAGGAUUGAGUGGACAGCAGAAAUAUUUUAAACGACGACGCAGAAUUCCGGCACAAUGAGUACCAAUGCCGAAAGGAGUAUUUUGUAUCGUGUUGAGAAUGGCGUAGCGACAAUCACACUCAACAGACCGAAAAGGAAAAAUGCUCUUACACUAGAGAUGUACAACGAAAUACAAGAUGCACUUAAAGCAGCGGAACAAAAUGAUGAUGUAACCAUCGCAGUAAUUACAGGUACUGGGGAUUACUACUCAAGUGGGAAUGAUCUGGGUAACUUCAUGAAAGUUGACACAACUAAUAUAGAAGAGGCAACGAAACAAUCGAGCACACGAUUAGAGAAAUUUGUUAAUGCCUUCAUUGAUUUCCCGAAGCCUUUGAUUGCUGCAGUUAACGGUCCUGCAAUCGGCAUUGUUGUUACUACCCUCGGAUUGAUGGAUAUCGUCUACGCCAGUGACAGAGCGAACUUUCACACCCCUUUUGCUGCUCUUGGUCAGAGUCCAGAAGGAUGCUCUUCGUAUACGUUCCCCAAGAUCAUGGGAACAGCGAAGGCCAAUGAGUUCUUGUUAUUUGGUAAGAAGAUGACCGCGCAGGAAGCAUUUGCUUGUGGUUUAGUGACAGAGGUCAUUCCUGAUUCUCACUUCAAUGAUGUAGUAAACAAGAAGAUUAAAGAAUAUGCUAAACUUCCAAGAAAUGCUGUGCAAUCUGCAAAGAAUCUGAUCAGGGAGAGUGAGAAAGAGCACCUUCAUAGGGUGAACCGAGCCGAGUGUGACCUGCUGACCGAAAGAUGGACAUCAGAAGAAUGCACCCAGGCCAUCAUGAACUUCUUCUCGAAAUCAAAACUCUAAAGACUGAACUCUUUCAAGAUUGUAAAGUUCCACCCAAGAGUGACGGGGAAUCGGAAUUCAAGAUGAAAUACUUUCAAAUUUAUCAUUUGCAACUAAAUCGCUAGCACCAUUUUGUCGACUGUACCCCCGCCCCCUCCCGAGUGUAAAUUUUUCGUUGAAAAAUCACAAUUUCACAUUGAAUUUUCUUUUUUAAGAUGAGAAGAGUUUAAAACAACAGGGAAUAGUUUAGAGGUCAAUGUAUAGAUAUGAUUCUGCACAAGAAAUAUUCAAACGUUCUCGGAAUAUAUUCAUGACACUGUUGAUUAACUGUAUUAAAACAUGUGCUAAUGCCAAGUAUAUAAAAGAUAAAAUUAGCAGAUGGAUUUUAAGAAAAAAUACAACAAAAAGAAGAGAACUGUCAAGUUGUCAAAAAUGCUGUGUGAUAUGCAUUUCGCAUGCAUGCAGUAAUAUGCAUGUAUGAAACCUCGAAUGUGUGUAAGAUUCUUCAGAGUGGUAUACUACAGCGAAGCGGCGUCACGGGGAGUGGGAGGCGACCUAACCGCUCCUUUGUGGUUUAAAAAAAAAAAAAGAAUAUUUGAGACAAAUAAGGGGAAAGAUAGGAAGGAGAAAUAUGAGUGGUGAAAAGAACUGUCUCUGUGUCGUAGAAUUCAAUUUUGUUCAUUUCAUGUUUGGAUGGUUCCCCCAUCCAAACACCGUCAGUGGAUUGAAAUAAUGUUUUCCUCUUCUUAAAAUGAUUUAACUUCUAUUUAUUGAUGAUGUUGAUUGUAUCCUUCUUCUUGUCUUCUUUUUCGACUUCGAUUUCAUGGAGAAUAUUCAAUAUAUUCAUUUAUUAAAUAACUUUAUACAUGUACAUGCAGAUGUGAGGAUUUCAGCAGGUCUACAGCUGUCAUUUUGUCUCUUUGAACCGAGGUAGUUCAGUGUCACAUUUCUUCUUUGAAUCAAAUCUAAAUUUCAAUUCUAAUAUUAUAAAAGGGAUGAGCAAGAUUAUAUUCGCCUAAUAUGGGCCUCAAUAGCAAAAACUAUUGAUAAUAUGAAAGGCAGAAGUUUUUGGUAUAACUAUAUGACAGGGAUCGAAUCCACGACCUCCCGUCCAUGAGGCGGGCGCUGUACCACUAAGCCGCCAUCCCCGCCUUUUAACAGGCGUCACGUUUUUUUUAGAAGAUUAUUAAAGUUUGUUAAAUUUAA